AUGUCUAUAACAGAGACUCUCUGCUCAGCAGAUUUCUACCUUGAUUUAAAGGGGAGUCAAUUCAAGAUCCCCAUUGAGUUAGCCAAGAAGAACUUUAAGAACCUCCAGAAGCUUAUAGAGAAGCACCGAAUAUCCACAGAAAAGUAUUUAAAGCUUCUUAAAGAUGAGUCUCUUGGAAAAAGGGAAAAGUUGAGGAUCGUUAAGAAACUGAUUCAAUUGCAAGAAGUGUUCAACAAGAAGCUGGCCUUUAGAGUUAAGCAGCACAACGAGUUCAUUGAUAGGUUGGUUUGCCGUCUUGACCGGUUGAAGCAGUUAGAAGAGAUGGAGAAUCGUGCGAAAUUGGCCAAGAAGGAGAAAAACGAGUCCAUUGAUGACUCAGUCAUCAGUGGGAAAUUGACAGAUUUCUAUAAGGAUGAGAUCAACUUACUCAUCAUUGAUUUUCUUCUUCGGACAUCAAAGAGUCAGAAUCCAUUGCAAAGUUUGGACUCCAAUGCGGGCUACCAGCUUGCCAAAAACAUGAAGUUGUCCCAGCUAAUUGAUUAUGACGUUAUUCUCCAAGGCUUGAGUAUCUACAAUGAGAUUAAAUUCAACCACAACUUGAAGCUGUUGGUUGCCUGGUGCACAGAGAACAAGAAAGCUUUGACGCAGAUUAGACAUGAGAACAAUCCCCAGACGACUACAAAUCUUGAGUUUGAGACGUACUUUCAGAAAUUUCUUGAGAAGGUUAAGGAGAAUGAUUUGUAUGGAGCUUUGCAGAUAGCCAACAAGAACCUGGUUAACUAUGCCGACUCUGUGGACGGAGAAUCAUCCGAGGAAAGCGACAAUUUUGAUAAAAUAUCAAUGGGUGCCGCGCUACUUUGGUACAACUUUAUUAAGAAAGAUACCAAGCAGAUGAUCUUUGACAACGAAGACAGAGACAAACAGAGUGUAGACUACUACGACUAUGGGUGCCAGAUGGUGAAUCAAAUCAAGAAAAAUAUGCUUUCCUAUGAGGAGCUACUAGAUGAUGUGAAAUGGAGUCAGUUGGCGAAUUAUUUCCUUUACAAUUUCAAUUUAUUGUAUGGUAUUGACCAAAGAAUGCCUCUUCUCAAUAUGCUAAGUAUUGGAGGGGCCGCUUUGAAGACCAGAUCGUGCCAUAACGUCUACAGAGAGGGCAGCGAGGUGUCAUUUGGAGAUAUUAUCAAGAUAGGAGAUCAAGAACCUGAGGUACAACAAAGCUUCUCUAGUAAUCAAUGUCCCGUUUGCUCGGCUGAUUUAUCCCGCCUUAUGACUAUUCUGCCAUAUUCACAUCAAGUGAAAUCGAAUAUUUAUGAGAAUCCCGUUUUGCUUCCCACUGGAAAUAUAUAUCCUAGAAAUAAGCUACUCUUGUUGAACAGGAAUACGCUUUUGAAGAAAAUGGGGGACGACGAGGAAGAAGAGGAAGAGGAGGAAGAGGAAGAAGAAGAAGAGAGUGGAGAAAAAUAUGAAAGAGAACAAGGCAAUCUAUUGUCAAAUGAUACCACGAACAAUCGUUGGAACAAAUUAAAGAACUUGAGACUUUCUGACCCCGCUACAGGAGAUUCGUUCUUUGGAGAUGAGCUAGUUAAAGUGUUUCCAACCUGA